AUGAAAAGGGCUCGGUUGGAGGGCCGUGGUGACUCCUUGACUGUUGAAAGUGUGUCAGCUGUGUCGUUGGGGAGUCGGGCUAAGGGUUUUGUGGAGAUGGGGGGUUCGACGUCAACGUCUAACGAACGUCUUAAAUUGGGUGAAUCUAGAAAUAAUAAGGACAACGAUAACGAUGACAGUGAUAAUGGAAUGAGCGAUGACCCACAAACUACCGGCAACAGUGCCGAGCGGCUGGGUCAUUCAAGUUCUACCAUGUCCCUAGUUGACGGGGUAUUCCGCCUCUACAAAGAGACCACUCCAGAAAUUAUGGCGACGGAUGCAAUACCAGGAGGCCAGCGUAGUCACCAUGCUGUGAAUGACAGCAUGGCCAGGACACUGCCCCGGAUGAGACGGCCAUUGGCAUCAACGUCCGGCGUGGCUGGAUUGACCUCACUGUUUCCUAAGUACGAAGCCGCUGCUCUACUUGUGGACACCUACUUCGACUGCGUACACUGGUUCAUGCUUCUAUUUCACCAAGACGAGUUUCGGCAGAGAUGGCAGCUACUGUACAAACAGGCGCGAAGUAACCACCAUUCUACCGCAGAGAACCUGGGGUUCAUCAGCACAUUCCUUAUGGUCAUCGCGAUUGGCCUUCAAUACACUGGCGUAAAUCGCAAGCGUCUUCUGGCUACUUAUCAGGUUGACUGCGAUGCACUGCAAACUCACAUCUUCGCCGCCAUCCGAGAGCGACUGCUGGAUAUCAUGGCUCUUGGGACACUGGAGGCAGCGCAGACCUGCGUUCUAUUGGGGACAUACUAUCUAUUCCAUGGCGAUCCUGGACUCGCAUGGCCCGUCUGCGGUUGUGCCCUUCGCAUCGCGCAAGCAUUGCAUCUACAUCGAAAGCAGCAGCCUCUGAGUACGGAUAGCGAACGACCAUCAAUGACAUGGAGAAACGAGAGCGAAGCCCGGAAGCGAUGCUGGUGGGCUAUAUACGAGAUCGAAACCUUCUGCUCCAUGUCCUAUGGGUAUCCACAUUCUAUCAACGAUGCUGAUUGUGAUGCAGAGCCGCUGGAUCCGUCUGCUAAACUGCCAGCUGCACAGUCACCGGCGUCUUUUAAUGAGCCGCUUCAGUGCGAGACGACCUUGCUGACUUAUAAAUAUCUCAUGUCAAAGCUUUCAGUUAUUACCAAUGAGAUUUUGAGUCAGUUGUACUGUGUUGGAUCGGCAUCGGCGAAUAAUCUCGCUGUUAAACCGAGAUUGUCAUCUCAGCAUCUGGUGCGGAAGGUUGUUUCUAUCAGCCGAAAAUUGGAAGCUUGGAAGGCAGAGAUUCCGCCAUUAUUACGGGAUUGCUGGACGUCAUCAUCAGAAACACCUGGCUAUGCUUCUCGCGAAGAAUUCGACUUGGACAUAGGCGCCUCCGGUCCCGUAUUUGAGAGCCAUAUCUUCCAGCUCCAGGCACUGACACUCCAGUUAGCCUACGAGAAUGCACGUAUUAUUGUUAACAGACCCUUACUCUCUUUCCGACUGGUGACCCGCUCGAAUACGACAGCAGAUGAACCACAUUCGGACCAUUCCAACGACCCAUUCACACAAUCAAUGCAAGCAUGCCGUGACGCCGCCAUCAACAUCUCAAAAGCCUCCUCAAUCCCCAUAAUGGAUCUCGUCGCAGAUACAUACGCCGCUGCAUUCGUCGGGAUCCACACCUUCACUGCCGGUCUCACGUUGUGUAUACUGAACAGCAUCGACCCGUUGAGUUCGCAGUCGCACGAGGCUAAAGUCGGAUUGCAGAGGUUGAUGGUUAUUCAGACUAAGUUGAAGGAACGGUCACCGUUGCCUGGACAGGGGUUGGAGAUUCUGCAGCGCUUGGCGAAGCAUGUUUUGGAGAAGGAGUUGGGCGCGAUGCUUGCUGUGCCUGGUGUCGAGCCCGUGAGGACUUCAGACGUUGGGCGGACUGGUCAUCAUGAGUAUCGUCGUGCUACGGCAGAUGGAGGUAUUCGCCCACAACAACUCGAAUCAUUGCCCAGUAUCAACCCCUACUUACCAGCAAUGGCUGCUCCUGAAGAGACUUCCCCACCCGGAACAAACGAUACUACAGCCUUCCAGUACAUCCCCGAUACAGCCCUAUCACAAGCCAUAGCCGAAUUCGAAAAAGCAAUGCUCCCCUCAUCCCCGAUUCAUAUUUCCCAAGCGGAACAGGGCUCCGAUAGUCUCGCCUGGCCAUUGGGAGACGAUGUGUUUCCGUCGUUGGAACAAGCGUGGAUAUGGGGAUUGAAUAGUUUUACGCUUCCGGAGUAA